AUGUUCAGAAGCUCCAGGCUGGCUGUGUUAGUGCUCAGAUAAGUGUUGCAGACCAUGCAUUAUGUUCAGUGUGUAUUAUGUGUGUGUUUUUCAAAGUGUGUUUAGCAUUUUUCCAGAAAAAGCCACUUACUUUUUCCAGAAAAAGCAACUGUGAGAGCCCCUGUCCUGGAUUAGAAUGCUAGCACAUGGCAGGAUGGGCUUCUUCAGGAAAAAGAAACUGGCCAGCAUGUUUGGUUUUUUAAAAUGUGCUUAGCAUAACACGUAAUUUCACUCAGGUCUGCAGCCUUGGAUCGAUGUCCUUGUUAGAAUGAUCAAUAAACCCAACUGGUUUCUGGGUUUGAUAAAUCAGUUGCUUUGGGGUGCAUACCUUGGUCUGUAAAAAGGACUGUUCCAUUAUGUUCUUUGUAGGACAUAAAUGCAAUAUACAGCUGCCAGUCUGUGUUAAAUAAAGAAUGGAAUAGGAAGAAGAACAAAAGUAAAUUGAUCUAGGAACUGUUAGGACAUCCCUGUUCCCCUCACAGAGCUACAAUUCCCAGAGUUCUCCGUGAAGGGAAAUUGAUUGUUAAACUAUUCCGGGAAUUGUAGCUCUGAGAAAAGAAUAGGGGUCUCCUAACUACUAUCAGCAGCCUUAACACAUUACAGUUCCCAGGAUUCUUCGAGGGAAGCCGUGACUGCUUAAAGUGGUAUCAUACUGCUUUAAAUGCAUAGUGUAGAUGGGGUCUCAGAGCUGGAGGGAGUUUGUAGGUUGUCUUCUAGCACUACAAAGAAAUAUGCCCAUUUUCUGGCUUUCCUCUUUCAGUUUCAAAACACAAUUUGAAAUAAUAGAGUGCCAUCCUGAGAGCUGUCUGUGCAAUACCUGAGCUGUGUUUAGCCAGGUUGCUAUAGCUGAUGGUGCCAUCAGUCUCUGUUGCACUAAGAAGUGGUGAAGGAGAUUAAUCAUCUGGGGAUGAUAAUAGACUUGGCUCAUUUGUCUGAAGCAACUGCAGUGGCAGAUCUCAGCAUCUCCAAAGCACUGGCCAUUUUCAGCCUUUCGUUGGCCUUCUCAAUGCCCAAUGAGCAUUCCCGAUCCUAUUUUGAAGUUUCUGGUGAAUGUGGCAAAUCCUUCAUGCCUGUCCAUACUUGUGCAAAGAGAGGAUCAUAGUAGGAUACUUGGAGGUAUGUCUUUCCUCCCAGCUGCAAAAUCAGUAAGGGAACUGAUUCCUCAAAGGAUUGAAUAAAAGAGGCCCAGGUACAAACAAGAUAUACAAGAUGUAUUCGUACACUAACAAAGCCAGUGUCAAUAUCAUUUGGUCCUGUCCUGUCCCGUCCCAUGGAUGGCAACUGUUGCAGAGGAACCAAACCAGUAGCCUGGAAUAGUUCUGGACUGAUACUUUGACUGGCAUUUAAUGCAACCCUUCUUGGAGGGGGAGGGACAAAUAGAAAUGCUAAUGAUGUUUGGGUAGAUGAAACAGAAAAUUCUUAGGCAACCCUCCUUGUGCUUCUUGUUUUUGUUUCUCUUGCAUUCUGUUAACAAUGUAAGAUUGCUAGACCUCUAGCAAUUGCUAGAUACUCUUCCACUUCCUGUAGUUUCUCAGCUUGGCUCUGCUUGCUGGCAUUACCAUGGAAACCAGACUGAUUUAAUGGACACUGCAGCAAGUGCUGGCAAGCUACAGCAUGUCUGGAUGGUCAAUUUAAUGUUCAGGGACAACGAAAGUUUGGGGGGGGUAUUAAAAUUAGAGACAAGUAUGAGAGAGAAAACCUGGCAACCCCUUAUGCCAAAUAUGCAGAAAAAUAUACUCUGCCUUUGCAGCCAGGAGGAGUAAUUGGAGAAAUGAGCUUCAGCACAUCACUGGGCUAGAGUGAUAGGAUCAAUGAGGAGGACAGUCCAAAUUGCUAUCCAAAGGCAGAGAGAGGCAGCCAAUAGGUGUCCAGAGUUCAGGAGAACCACAGAUGUAAAAUGCAAGGCUUGCAGUACCAUGGGCAGAUCACUGGGUGCAAGGAACUUACUCCCAAUUGAGGGCUUACAUGCACUUCCUCUUGUCCUGCUGCUGCUCCCCACCCUUCCGCUCUAGGGCAAAGAUAUGCAGGCUGAGUCCCUACCUGCCCCCUACCAAGAAGUCCCUACCUGUCCCACCAGAGUGGUGCAUGCCCUGGUUAUCUCCCGCUUGGACUACUGCAAUGUGCUCUACGUGGGGCUACCUUUGAAGGUGACUUGGAAACUACAACUAAUCCAGAAUGCAGCAGCUAGACUGAUGACUGGGAGUGGCCUCAGGGACAGUAUAACACCGGUCCUAAAGGAUCUUCACUGGCUUCCAGUACGUUUAUAAGCACAAUUCAAAGUGUUGGUGCUGACCUUUAAAGCCCUAAACAGCCUCAGCCCAGUAUAUCUGAAGGAGCGUCUCCACCCCCAUCGUUCAGCCCGGACACUGAGGUCCAGCUCCGAGGGUCUUCUGCUGGUUCCCUCACUGUGAGAAGCAAAGUUACAGGGAACAAGGCAGAGGGCCUUCUCGGUAGUGGUGCCCUCCCUGUGGAACGUCCUCCCUUCAGAUGUAAAGGAAAUAAACAACUAUCUGACUUUUGGAAGACACCUGAAGGCUGCCCUGUUUAGGGAAGUUUUUAAAAAUUGAUGUUUUUAUUAUGUUUUUAGAUAUGUUGUAAGCCACCCAGAGUGGCUGGGGAAACCCAGCCAGAUGGGUGGGGUAAUAAUAAUAGGCAAUUCAGGUUUUCUCUGGAUUGUUAUUUGCUCUGAUAUAGCACUAAAGAGCCAGUUUAACCUGGGAAAGGAGCAGGGCAAUGGGAAAACCGCUCUGACCUAUGCCUAGAAUGUAUGGAUCAAAUGGAAAACCGCUUGGACUUCUGCUUUCUAGGCCUGGAGCAAGCGGAAGUGUGGAUGAGCUCUGGGUCUCAAUCCGAAAAGCAAAAGCUGAAAUCUGGCAACCCUGGACGUGAUUCGGAAAAGGGCAAUGAGAAAGAUUGAAGGGGAUGGAUCAGCCUCCCCUUUGAGGAAAGGUAUCUGGGGCUUUUCAGUUUAGAGAAAAGACAAGUAAGAGGGGACAUGAUAAUCUCGUAUAAAAUAAUGUAUAGGGUGGAGAAAGAGGCUAGAGGAAAAAUUGUCUGCCUCUGUCAUAACUUGUGGACAUCCAAUGAAGCUGAAUGUUGGAAGAUUUAGGACAGACAAAAAAAAAAGAGCACUUGUUUUCACUCAGCACAUAGUUAAACUGAGGAAUUCACUCCCACAAGAGGGAUGGCCCCCAACUUGGAUGGCGGUAAAGAGGGAUUAGACACAUUUGCAGAGGAUAAGGCUGUCAGUGACUAUCAGUGCAUUGCGUGUGUUGUCAUUUCCAGACAAUAUUGUCAGUAAAAAAUUAUCCUGCUGAUAAGGUGCCGGUGGUAGAAAUUACCCCUGGAUGCUUCGCCUAUCACCAAAUCUCCAUAGUAGGAAUGGUUUGUUCUUCUCUUACCCUCCCACUUCCUCUUUUAAGUGCACUCAUUUUAGCCUUAUAUGGCUUUUGAGGCCUGGGAACUCUGCCAGAAAAGUAAAACCUAUUUUCAUCUGAACUACAAUGUGUGCGAUUUUCACUAAGCAGCUUUUACCAUGCCAGAGUUGCUGAAACUGUUUUGCUGGCAGCCGGUGCACUUCAGUUCUCUGUGCUUUUUUAUCUCUGGGGAGAAAGAAAACCAUGUACCAAACUGUCGGAAACUACUGGAAGUCAGUGUGACUCUGACUUCUAGAAACCCAUUAUAAACCCCUCAGUGAGCAGUUUCCAAGCAUUCAGCCCUUGCUUUGCUGCAAGGAGGAUCUACGUAUACAAUUACUGGACACAAGAAGUAAUGAGUUUUGUGGUGACUCAUCAUGAGGUGUUUUUCCCCCCAACAGACACCCUAGACUAGAGGACUGGAGGAUGUUUCUCAAUAUCCAGUCUUGAUCCGGGAUUUGCUGAGAAGAGGCUGGAGUUAGGAAGAACAGAAGGGCACUUUGAAAGAGAAUUUCUUCAUGCUUUCCAGACAGUGGGAAAAGUAAGGUCAAUAAAACCCAAAUAGCAUGUUUUGUUUUUCAAAGCCGCCAUUUCACUUUAUGGUGGUUUGGUUGCCAAUGAUGGGUUCUGCUGUAUGAUUGUAAUUGUUCACACACAAUUUACACUAGUACAUGAAUUAUUUACUUUGGAAACUGCAAUGCAAAAUUCAGAGAAGUGUGGAUUUCAAAGUACGGCUGUGUUUUGGUUCACACUAUGUUUUGAGAAGUGUGAGUUGGAUAGGUUUGCCUUUAAAUGCACACUGAAUUGACUUUCUCCCCUAUCCCUAAGUUGAGAUUCUGUCUAGGGACUCUAGAGAUGAGUUGUGUAUGUGACAAUUGGGUUUUUCAGGUUAGGUUUUUUGUCUGUCUGUUUGUUUUCUGAGCAGCCUCUGGCUAGCUGGUCUGCUUUGACAUAUAGCAGUAGCCUGUGUUCUCCUGCCCCUGAGGGAAUUUCAUAGGGAGUUCUCUGCUAUGGCACCUCAUCUUGCAUCAUUGACCCAGUGAUGCUGAGGAGCAUCAUGGCCCACACAUUUGAGACUUCAGUUUGAGUGUUCAGGGCUGGCACUGCCAUUAGGCAGAUAGUGGGUGGUGGGUGGUGGGAAGCAGCUUCAAGGUGUUUGAGGACAGCGUUGUGUGUGCCACAUUGUUGUUGUUUAGUCGUUUAGUCGUGUAUGACUCUUCGUGACCCCAUGGACCAGAGCACACCAGGCACUCCUGUCUUCCACUGCCUCCCGCAGUUUGGUCAGACUCAUGUGUGUGCCACAUAACAUGUCCCAUAUCCCCCAGGGCAGGAAGAUUCAAGUACCAUCAAGGAAACAUUUAAAUAUUUCAUUUGUGUUGAUGAGGAGUUGCGAGUUUGUUUGUCUCAAAUUAGACCUAAGAGAAAUGAGAUUACCCAGCAAAAGCAAGCUCACACUUCUCAUUCAGUUGGUAUAUAUACUGAAGGUACACAUGUAAGAGACUCGUUUCUAAUUAUAUUUUGGGAAUUAUUCGUGUUCUUAUGUAGCUGCAUUAUUUUAUACUUUCUGGGUGUCCCAUGUUCAUAUUAUAAAGUAGUUGUGUCCUAUGUUAUCAAUCAAGCACUGCUAGAAGUUGUCCCCCCCCCCAUUGUAUUUCUUAUUUUUAAAAAAUCAGUGUGGUUCAAGCAAUUUUUUUAUUCUGAAAGUGUGGCCCAGAGAAAAAAGUUUGGGGACCACUUCCCUAAGCUAACCUACUGUUUUCAGCUGUGGUGGAAGAUACUAAACAAUUACCAGUGCUGUAACCAAAGAGAAUCUAGAGACUGAACAAAGUUUACAGCACAGGGAUCUACUGCUAGAGAUGUAGAAGAAUGAAAGCAGAUUUUAUACGUAAUUCCUUGAACUGUAGCAAAGGGAAAACAUUUUGGACAAUAAUGUUGAAAACAGCACAGGGAAUUACAGGAUAUGCUUUUACCCGGAAAUCCUUUAAAAAUGCUUCUUGGAAUGUUCCAGUUUGUAUGUUGACCUUCAACCAAUACAAACUCUGCUGAUGACAGCAAAACUUUGUAUUGCCCAAUCUUGGAGAUGUAAAAAAUACUCCAACAACUACACAAUUGCUAAAGAAAACCUGGGAAACAGCCUUGCAGAUAAAGCAACCAUAUAAUAGAAAAAACAACAGAAUAAUUACCAAAGCAAAUGUAUUGACCAAUGUUUAUACAUUUCUGGAAAGACAACGUGGCAGAUAAUAACCUCCUUAUUUACAUUAAUGUAAUUAUCUAUCUGCGCUUUCCCUUCCCUUCAUAAUACUUUUCUUUCUAUUCACAUUUUCUCCUCACUUUAUUGCUACAUAUCUAUCGUAAAAUUAAUAUUAAUUUGAAAAGUCAUAGAGAAUCCUGGGAACUGCAGUUUGUUAAGGGUUCAGUGAACUGUAUCUCUGUGAGGCCAGCACUGUUAACAAACUACAGUUCUCCAGAUUCUUCGGGGAAGCUGUAACUGUUAACGAGAGUGCUUUAAAUGUAUGGCACGGAUGCAGCCCUCGUCCAGCUAGCUAAACACAACUGGCUCUCUUUUAAGUUUUCAUGACAGUCCAACAUCCUAUUUCAUUGCCAGAAGCUUUAUUAUCUUUCCCUCCCUGUGUGGAUGUAAUAAGGGUGAGAGACCUGAUAUUAAGCAAGUUGAUCAACUCCUUGUUAAUCUUUCUCCUGCCAGCUGUCCUCAUAUCAUGCACUGCUUCUGGCAGAAGUGCUGUGCAUUCAGUCCCCCCCCCCCCCCGAUGUGACAUGAUAGAAAUUCACAAAAUUAUGCAAAGCAUGAAGAAAGUUUUUCUCCUUCCCUCGUAACACCAGAGCUCAGAGGUAUCCAAGGAAGGGGGAUGUUGGAAGAUUUGGGACAGAUAAAAGAAAGUACUUCUUCACACAGCUCAUAAUUUAACUAUGGAACUCACUUCCACAGGAGGCAGUGAUGGCUAGCCAUUUGGAUGCUAUGGAAGAAGAUUGGGCUAAUUCAUGGAGGACAAAGUUUUCAGUGACUGCUAGCUAGGCUCCACUAUUAAGGCAUUAUGCCUCUGAAUACCAGUUGCCGGGAACCACAGGUGGGCAGAAUUCUGUUGUGCUCAGGUUCUGCUUUCAGGCUUCCCACAUGCAUCUGGUCAGCCACUGUGACAGCAGGAUGCUGAACUAGACAGGCCACUUGCCUGAUCUAGCAGACUUGUCCUGCUUUCUAAAAUUACUUGGCCAUUUAUUGUUGGAGUCUGGCAGGGUUAAGACUGUCAGGCAAUCUAAAAUUGGAUAGAUUGUUGUUUUUUCUCUGCGUUAUGGGUUUCUGCUGGGGAAGGGAGAGCUGGCAUUCAUAGAUAAUGACAUGGACACAUAAGUUCCGGUGCAGAGCACAGUUGGGAACAAUUGCCGAGAAAUCUCGGAGAGUGAGGAUAUUCGGUCCUGUCCAAAUUGCUCUGAAACUACAGACAAUGGAUCUGAUGCAACUUGGGUCAUCAGGCUUCUACAGUGACUACACUUAAUGUAAGUGUUCUGUUUUGUCUGCCACAGACUUCUGAGCAACUGCUGUAAACUGUCUCUGGAGCUUAUUUAAUUCUAAGGGAGAAGACCAAGCUGCCAUUCCCAGAGGGUUGGCAGUCAUUUGCCUCCUCAUUUCUUUUUUACAAGACAGAAAGAAAAAUUGUACAGUAGUAGAGAUUGUGAGUACUUAUUUUACUGGUGCACAUUCUAAAAGGGCUUUCAAGUUUAUAUUUUCACCCACUGUGGGUGAAAAUAUAAACUUGAAAGCCCUUUUAGAAUGUGCACCAGUAAAAUAAGUCAGGCAUUUUUAUGGAUUGCCUGCCUACUCUAAAAAUCAUCAUCUCUACAUGGAGCUCUCUAGAGUCUGUAAAUGAUGGUAGGAGAAAAAAACAAAUCCUGAAAAAAUAGAGAGGUUGGGAGGCUUGUUGGCCUUUAUAGUUCCAAAACACAGAUGGGGGAGAUACUUGAUUGUGAUUGCAUUAAUGAAAAAAUUACCUAAUUUGCACUUCUUGCAUCAAGAUGUGAACUGAAACACAGCUUUCCUUUGAAAUUCACUGUCCUUCAAAAUUCACAUAGCUAAAUGUUUCAGAAUACAUUGAUGUGAUAGGAUGUACAAUGUCAUACCCUCCAACAAUACUCGAAUGAAAAUAGGGACGUCCCAUUCCAUAAUGAUAGUUUUACUAUUUAUACCCCAUACAUCUUACUGGGAUGCCCUAGCCACUCUGAGCAGCUUCCAACAUAUAUGAAAACAUAAUAAAACAUUAAAAAAAACCUUCCCUAUACAGGAUUGCCUUUAGACAGCUUGGGGGGUCAGAUAACUCCAUACCCUCCAACAUUUCUCCAAUGAAAACAGGGAUGUCCUAAGGAAAAGUGGGACAUUCCAGGAUCAAAACAGAAACCAGGACAGCUUCUCUAAAUCAGGGACGUCCCUGGAAAAUAGGGACACAUGGAGGGUCUGCAGUGUCUGCAUUUCCCCGCUAAUAUACACAUUUUUGUACACAAUGUUUGAUUGGAGAACUACACAGCAAAAUGAGGAGUUGUGUGAAUUUUGAAGGGUAAUUGUGUUUCAGUUCAAGUAUUGGCUCAAAAAGUGCGAAUUAGGGCUGUGCAUGGCCCCUGGUUCUGUUCAGGCCCUGGUUCUGUUGGGCCCAAUGUAACACACCAAAGUGGGCAUCAGAUUGGGGAGGGGGGCAUACACAGCCCUGCUAUUGUCCAUUUCAUUGCAUUUUAAUGUAGUGCAAGGGACGCGGGUGGCGCUGUGGGUAAAACCUCAGCGCCUAGGACUUGCCGAUCGCAUGGUCGGCGGUUCGAAUCCCCGCGGCGGGGUCCGCUCCCGUUGUUCGGUCCCAGCGCCUGCCAACCUAGCAGUUCGAAAGCACCUCCGGGUGCAAGUAGAUAAAUAGGGACCGCUUACCAGCGGGAAGGUAAACGGCGUUCUGUGUGCUGCGCUGGGUCGCCAGAUGCAGCUUGUCACACUGGCCACGUGACCCGGAAGUGUCUGCGGACAGCGCUGGCUCCCGGCCUAUAGAGUGAGAUGAGCGCACAACCCUAGAGUCUGGCAAGACUGGCCCGUACGGGCAGGGGUACCUUUACCUUUUUACCUUUAAUCCUACCUUGGGUAGUAGUAGGAUAUAAAUCAUCCAAAAUAGCUAAAAUAAAGUGGCAUCAGUAGUAUGCCCACUAAACCUUAUUGCACUGAGGCAGCAAUAAGCACAGAAGAAGCUGCCUUACACCAGAUCCUUACACCAGCCCAGUAGUGUCUGUUUUGACAGGUGGUGACUCACAGAUGUUGAACAUCAAGUGCCACUUGGUCCUUCUCACCACAGAGGCCAGGGAAGGAUUCUGAGGUCUCCUGCAUGCAUAGCAGGCACUCUGCCACUCAGCUAUGAAGGCUCCUUCCCAUACAUAGCUACAUCCACACAAUGCACAGAAGAGUCUUCAGUUAGUGGUUUUAUAGGAGGGAGAGAGGGAGAGAGAGAAGAGGUGUAAUGUUUUGGGAUAGGCUGAAAGGCCUGAAUGCUGGGAGAAAUGAAAAGCAGAGGUGUCUAGGCAGUUGGAAAAAGAGGAGAGUUAUGAAGUGAGAUGGUGCACUGUGAGGUGGGAGGAGAGAGAGAAACAACUUCAUGUCAGCCUGGAAACAUGUUGCUAUAAAUUCUCAGCUGUUCUCACAGCAUGAGGCUGAGAAACUGAAAUGCCUGCAACUCUGUUAUGAUCAUACAUUCAAGUGACCCUAUUUUCCAGGGAAAAUCCCUAUUUGGGUUAUUGGUCACUGAUAAAUUGCUGUCCCAGUUUUGCCUUUUAAGGAUGCCCUUUUAAACUUCUCACAGGGGUAGUCACAUUUGUCUCUUGCAGCAGCAAAAACAACAUGCCUUGUCACACCUUAGCUAACAGAUUUCUUACGGUGUCAGAGGUAGUCUUGAGACCACAUAAGCUCAUAAGGCCAGAGUCACCACUGCAGUGACUUUGGGUACCAGUGUGCCCACCAGUACCUCCUAUGCUGCCUGUGAAAGGUGUCAGUAAACGGCCCUGCAAUAUAAUACAGCUGUAUGUCUGUCAUCACACAGCAGCAGUUCACUUGGUCGCUGACAGAUGGUGCUAUAUUGCAGGAAUGGUAUGAUGACAGAUUGGGCUCUCAAAAAUGCAGGGCCAUUGCAGAAAGUGUCAGAGGGUGAAGAAUGUGUAAUUUGGGUAUAUGUGUGAAAUGGCACAAACUGCUUGGUCUGUGUUUUGAGUUGCCCUUCCCCCACAUCUUAUUUCUGUUCAGUGUUAGGAUGCAAGCUGUGAUAGGCCUUUAGAAAUAGCUCAAGGCCACAGGUCUCUGGCAUGACUCAUCCACCUUCCCUUUCUCCAAAGAACGUGUAUAUGUGCAUUGGUGUUUCAUAUGUCUUUAUAAAGCCAAGGCUGCAUUCAGCAGUAAUUUGGGUGUAUUUUAGUGAAUUGUGGUGGUGGUGCAUCUAUCUCCAGACUUGGAUCUCUCAGUAUAUUUGAAUCUCUUUAGUAUAUCCACCACAGAAAUGUGGAUAAGCCCUAUGACAGCAAUGAAUAAUUUCAAUUUUGAAGUUAUGGGAUUUAUCUGUGUCGAUCUCCCUGGGGCAUUAUAAGCAAAAGGUGGUUAUCAGACUGACAAAGGAAUAAUAGACUGAGAACUGUAUUGCAAAAUUCAGAGAAGUACAGGAAUCAAAGGAUGCCUUCAUUUGCAUCCAUAUAUGAGAUCAAAAAGUGCUAGUCAGAAUGCUUCAACAUCCUCAAGUGCCCUUCUUGUUUUUUUGCUAUGCAAAUGGCAAUUCCGGAAAAGUUUGAGCAAUCUUGUGACACUGAGGGGUGGACAGGAACAGCUUAACUCUUUCUAUCCCUGCUACGUUUGUUUUUUAAAUCACCUCUCUGAAGGUACUAUUUGCAUUCCAUGAGGCUGAGAGAGGGGUGAGAUUUGGAAUCGGAGCAACUAAGUAGGAGCAAGAGAGAAGCAAGAAGGCCCUGGGAAUCCUAGACAUAUGAGAAAUCCUUGCAUGUGUUGUUCGUUCUCUGUUAUUUCUUACUAAUUCUUUAUGCUGUUACAGUUACAGCUUCAUCAAUCUUUAAAACAGUUUUGACUUGUCUGAUCUAAGGGGAGGGAGCUCCCAUGAACUCCAGGUCUGAAUCUUCAGUCAGGGCAAUAGGAUCCUUACUGGACAGUGUUGGAGUCAUAUUAUAAAAUAGAUAAUGAAGAAAAGCUGACUAAUAUCAAUGGACAGGAAGGUCCGUGGUGUAGAUGCUGGUGCCACAUGAAAAGAUUGAUUACCUUCAAGUGCAGAAUGUAUGUCAUGUGGCAUUUGUAAAAGUAAAUUCUUUUCAGCCCAACUGAUAUAACCUGUUGAAACCUUUUGCCUUACUUGAGAACCAUCUCUGUGGGUGAGGGUGCAAAAGACAUGUGAGGACUUGUUCAAAUGUAUGGAGAGCCUUUUCUUCUGGUGCCACAUAUAUCACUUGCGUGAUGUCAAAAACCAGUCAUGGCCUGGAACUCAUUCUGUCUUGGCAGGGAAAGGAUCAAGGCUGUCCUUAAAUGCCCUCAAGGAGGUUGUUGAGUGUGUGUUUCAUCCAUGUGGGAGUCAACCCCUGUCACGUCCAUGGAAUGUGAAGCUAAAUACAUCUCUUCUGGGUUAAAACACUAUUAAUCAUUUUCUGCUGAAGAGCCAACUUAAAGACAUUGCUUUCUGAAAGUGAGGUUGCAAGGUUCUCAUCUGUAAUUAAAACUCUUCCUCUCUCCGCCCCUCCUUCAGUGGCCAGCCAACAAAACACAGAGCAUCAUCUGGGUUUGGAAGCCAUUGGCUGAGGAACCUCCACAAACUUGACGGCUUGGUGCUGCUCUUUAUUCAAGGUGCCAUGUGAACAUUGCCAUUCGGUAAACAUGCUUUCGGGUCCAAAGAGGGAUCCAUGGAAGAUGCUUCUGUGGCUGCUGCUCCUGCUGCUUGCUGACAUUUUGGGAUCCAGAGCUGAGGCAGACUUAAGAAAGAAGGCUCAUGACUUAAUGAAGCAAGUCCCGUUAAUCGAUGGGUAGGUGGAAUUCCUUGUUUUCAUAACUAUGAAAGCAUCACUGUGGUCUGAGCUGGGCUAUAUUCUGAUAUAGCAAGGAUUGUGGAAACUUUUUUUAGCUUUCUGUGGUUGUAUGCCAGUUACUGGUGGGGCCAGAGACAAAAGUAGACUGAGCAAUGAAUGUAAAGAUUACUUUUGUAUAGAAAGCUAGCUUCUUUCUUUCUUUCUUUCUUUCUUUCUUUCUUUCUUUCUUUCUUUCUCUCUCUCUCUCUCUCUCUCUCUCUCUCCCCCCCCCCCCCAUCCAUGAAAGUAAAAGCCAUUUCAAAAUUCAAAACCCUCUUCUGGCAUGGCAGAAAGACAUCCUGAAGUGAAAGAGUGUGACUUAGGGGUGGGUUUUGACCUGGGGAGAGUCCCAAGAGCCAGAUAGAGAGACCUGGAAGGCUGGAUUUGGCCCCUGAUCCUGAGGAUCUCCACCCCUGUGAAUACAGUAUUCUUCUGAUUCAAUAUAAUGCUUUUCUUGAAUACGAACAAACAGAGCUUGCAAAUAUUCGGUCAUUCUUGCCUGCCUCUGGAAUUACAUUCCUGGUUGUGUUGCAAACUGCCUCUGCCAGGCAGCAAUGAGGAAGGAAUCUGCCCGACUCGAAUUUCAAAGCAGACACACCUGAUUUGAUUCCAGUCCGUACAUGUGCCAAAUCAGAUCACGAGUCCUCCUUAUAACUUGCAGUCCUAUGGGUCCCUUCACAAGGUAGUACAGGGGCUGUUCCACAUUGCCUUAUCUCUUCCUUUUACAUUAAAAAGAAAGAAAGAAAACCCAGCCUCCUGGAGUAUAUAGUGCAUGAGGCUAUUAAUAUGGCUGUUUAAACAUGGGGGCAGCCAUGUUUCCUUUAUACAAUCCCUGCGCCUGGCCCCCAAAAGUGAGAAUAUGAGUCUCAUUGACUUGCAGCAUUUCAGUAUCAAGUGUACUGUGGCAAACUGCUGCCAUGAUGGUGCCAAACGUCUGUGGGCCAAAAGUCCAGGUCAUUGGGGUCAAGAGAGGGAGGGAGGCAUGCCACAAGUUCUGUGACAGAAAUGCACGUGUGUGAACUAAGUAAUUCAAAGAGCGCCUUGCAGUCCAUCCUCUUUCAUUAGCUCCCACAGCGAUAGCAGAUAGAGACGUACCUUUUAGAAAGCAGUAAUAGACUAAAAUGUCCUGUCUUCUUAUCGCGCAGACACAACGACCUGCCCCUGAAGCUGAGAUGGCUCUACCAGAACAAGCUGAGCAAGACUGACUUGAGAACACUCAACAAAACAGACACAAACAUCCGGAAGCUCCAAAUGGGCCAUGUUGGUGCUCAGGUAGGUGCUCGGUGUGUACCCAAACCCUGCAAAAUGCAGGAUUGAAUUCAUCAGCUGAUUCUACACAAUCACUGGUAUAAAAGAGCGUGGGAAGUGAAUUGUUGUGUGGUCCCUUGAUGUAAGAGGUGAAAGAGGAAAAGUAUAGCAAGGAGGGAUAUAGGAUGGAUCCUGGCAAUAAUAAUAAUAAUAAUAAUAAUAAUAAUAAUAAUAAUAAUAAUAAAUUUAUACCCCGCCCAUCUGGCUGGGUUUUCCUAGCCACUCUGGGUGACUCCCAACAGAAUAUUAAAAACAUGAUAAAUAAGGCCUGUGAGCAUGCCAUCUAUGAUAUAGGUGUUUUCUGUGGGGUUAGGUUAUGGAGGGAAAAUGUCCAUUUGCAGUUACAGUUUGAAUUCAUACCACACCUACUGAUGGACUUCAAAGGGAUCCCUUCUCGGCACCUAUCAGCUCCUUUGAAGGCAGUUGGGUCAACGGCAUAUCAACCGAGCGUCCAUUGUGUGUACCUAUAGUUGUGCCAAACAGGCCUAUAUACACCUGAAAUUCUGUUUUAAAGCUGCAUUUUGUCAACCUUCUUCCAGUUUUGGUCAGUGUAUGUUCUCUGCAGUGCACAGAACAAAGAUGCUGUCCGCUUGACGUUGGAACAGAUCGAUGUUGUCAAGCGGAUGUGCAAAGACUAUGAAGAAUUUGAGCUGGUGACGUCAUCUCAAGGUAACGUGUCCUGCAUUCGCUAGAGUGAGAUGGUCUCCUUAGGCAGCUAAUUUUUGAUAACCUGAAAGGGGAGCAAAUGGCCAGCUAUUGAAUUUAUUAUUGUUGUAUUUUUACUGCUUGGGGGGAAGAAGAAAGCUGCUUGUGGGAUUUUCUUCCUCAAAUGCCAAAUAACAUGGCUGGGCUGGGGUAUUAGGCACAUUGACUUGGUGUGGGGGGCCUCUAUCUGCUGUUAUGCCUCAGGUAGAAAAAUGUCUUGGGCUGGCCCUACUCAGGCAGAAAAAUAUCCCAUGUAUGCUAGAUCCAGAAAUCAGUGACACAGUUUUCACAUUAGCAUAUUAGCUUAUCCACAGCCCCUUCAGAUACUCCAUCCUCACAUAGAAGCAGGGGGUGCCAGAGGCAGGGUUGGAGCACUAAGUAUGAGGAGGGCAGGCAUGUUUCAUGGUGUUUUGGGCUGGCAGGGGGGUAGAUAUUAUUUUGCCUUCCUAAUGCAGGCAUUGCUAACAGUAAAAACAUGAAAAGCUGUUAGGGAUGGGAGAGAAAUUCGAUUCUGUUUACAUUGAAAGGUGAACUCACCUAAUUCACAUUUUUCAUAACAAUAUGCAAAUCAAAUACAAACGUCCCACUUUUCUGAAUUUUGCAAUUCAGUUCUCCAGCCAUGUAAUGUGUGCCUAAAUGCAUAUAGUAAACCGUGCAUAUAAAUGUAUAUAUAUUAGUGAAAACAACAUGCAAAAAUGUACUAUAUUGGGGAAAAUUGCUUUGCAAAUAUGUGUAUAUUAGAGGAAAUGUCAUAUUAAAUGGUGUAUAGUAGGAAAAAUUCACACAAAAGUGCUAAUGAAUCUUAAUGAGAACUUAAAAGAACAACAACCCCAAAACCAAUGUGGAAAUGUGAGGAACUGAACUUAAGACUGGAGAAACAAACCGAGCGAAAACAAAAUUCCUCAUUCCUACAUGCUAUAAAUCUACCCGUAGUUGCACAACUAUGUUGCUCUGCAUUGGUGUGGCUUUAAAAAUUCGAAUCUGUCUUUCUAAUCGAAAUCCAGGCAUUGCCAGCACUGACAGCAAAAAGAUAGCAUGCUUGAUUGGCAUCGAAGGGGGACACUCCAUCGACAGCAGCCUCGCGACCCUGAGGAUGUUCUACGAGCUGGGCGUUCGGUACAUGACGCUGACCCAUAACUGCAACACUCCCUGGUAAACUACAAACAAGUGUUCCUUCAGAGAGGGGCUGUUUCUCUGGGAUUCGCCAACCUUGCUUACAACAUUACAGUGUAUUUAUUCCUGUACUGAGAAAAUACAUGUGCCAGUAGGGGUAGGUCAGUCUGCUAAAUGAAGGACCAGGGGAAGGCUGUAGCUCACUUGUUCAACAUCCGCUUUACAUACAGAAGGUCACAAGUUUGAUCCCUGGCAUCUCCAGGUUGGGCUGGAAAAGGCUUCUUUCUGUAUGAAACCCUGGAGAGUCAGUGCUAGGUGGAAGGAAGAAGCAGUGAAGCUGAAGCAGGGGUGGCUCAGGAAGUUUUGCUACUUGAUCCAAAACAGAAAAUGGCACCUGCAGCCUCUCGAGGUGAGUGGAGGUGGCCCAGCAGAGUCCCAGCAUGCUGAAGGAGGCCAGAGAGGAGCAGGCAGCUGCGGGUGACAAGCACAGGAGACAGCGAGUGGUGUGCUCCUCAGGGAACGAAUCUGCCACCCCUCCCAGUUGUCCCCAGCCUGCCACCUGAGGUGACUGCCUCACCAUGCCUCAUGGGAGGGCAGGCCUUGAGUUGAAGGACGGUUGGAUUUAGAGUGAAGAGAGAGGAAUUCAAUUCCCUGCUUGGCCAUUUCUCAGUUUAACCUACUUCAUAGGGCUGUUGUGGAAAUAAAAAGGAGCAUUGUUUAUGUUUUCCUGCGUUCUUUAAAUAAACACUGGUUUAAAUAAGUAAUAAAUUAAUCUAUUUCAGGGGUUGCCAAUGUGCCAUUUUGGGAUGCCCAGCAUCCCUUCUGUGGCACCCGUGAAAGGCCUAAGUAAAUAUCCCCUCAAAACUCCACAAUACCCUUUGCUCUUCCUGCUCAGUUCUAGUUUGCAGUGGCUCAGCCUCCCCUUACACUGAGCACGCCCCCUUAAACAUGCUCACUUGUCACAGGAUGCCUGGAUUGGGCACCCACCAUCCCAUCUGUUCUGACCAGAGGAGAGGUGCAAAGAGCUGAUAGAAGUGCCUCCCCCCCCCCUUUAAGUGGCUGAUGGGGAGCGUGCCUGUUCCUCCCCCCCCCCCCUGAAUCUUUUCUGCUCUCUUGGAUGUGGCAGCUAUUUUGUGUUAUGUCACAACCCCACAGUGACCAUUCUGUUUCAUGCCACACACCCCAUGGCAGCCAAUUUUUGACUGAUGCUCACAACAUCCCCCAAAAAUUCAGUGUUCUAGAUGCAAUUACAUCUGUCUCUCUGUGUGUUUGUAACUCUGUUCCACUUCGGAGUUUGAAAUAUUUCCUUGACAGGCUUAAGUUUCUUCUUAAGCAUCCCUCACCAUCUUUCUUCCCCUGCAGGGCAGAAACCUCAGCAAAGCAAGAACAUAAAUUUUAUCCCGACACUGAGGGCCUGAGCCCUUUCGGCAAAGUAAGCAUUGGUGAAGUGAAAAUUAGCAGAUUGCUGGCUGAUAUGCACCUGAAUGUCUUUGAAAUGUACAUACUCUGCAGAAAAGGCAAAUUCCAUAUUAGGGUCACUAGUAACGGGAUCAAAAUAAAGCUGCCAAUAUCACAAUGCCUUUGUAAAUUGUACGCCCCAAGGGGAAGCACACUGCGCACAGCAUUGAGGGGGGAGAGUGUUGUUGCUGCUUGUGGGCUUCCCAGAGGUAUCGGAUUGGCCCCUGUGGGAACAGGAUGCUAGGUUUGGUGGCCCUUUGUCCUGAUGCAGCAGCCAGGCUCUGCUUAUGCUCUUAAAUCAUGUCAGAGUAGCAUAACCCACAGCACCAUCUGCCCAUAUUGUGCUAGGAAGUGGUGAAGGAGAUGAAUCGACUGGGGAUGAUGGUGGACUUAUCUCACACGUCUGACGCAACAGCAAGGGCAGCUCUUAGUAUCUCCAAAGCGCCGGUCAUUUUCAGCCAUUCAUCCGCCUUCUCAAUCUGCAACCAUUCAAGAAAUGUUCCAGAUGAUAUCCUGUUGGAUCUGGUAAGUGAGACUUAGGGCUUAUCCAAACUCACCAUUCCUCUGUGCUUUCCUUCAUGGUCUGGGAUUUAAAGCUCCGCGUCUGAGCACUCACUCUUUCUUUCUCUUUUGCUUUGGCGUUUCCCCCACAAAAACCCACUCUUUAAAGCUGAAUCAGAGCAAAUGGAAAUCCAUUGAAAACCCAAAUUGCCAUUUGUUGUGCUUCAGCAUUAAAGAGUGGGUUUUCAUGGGAUCAGCCCCUCCUGUCCUGGCGAAUGACAUGAAAGCCUCUAUUUCUUGUUGUCCAAUGAGCCUCGCCAACUCAGGGAAUGACCAAUAAGGCUUCUGCAUAUGAUCUCAGUGACCAAGCUAGGAUAUAAGGGUUCUGGUGGUCCCUGAAGUAGCCCGGACCUAAUCAGUCUAAUACAGGAACACCUUCAGUUGUUUAACUUGUAUAUUCUGUAGAUAACUUGGGGCGUAUCUACACUCGUGGUUUAUAACAUUAAAAAUGUGUUAUUAAAAUGUGACACCAGGGGGUGCUGCAGAGCAAAGGGAAACUGCCAUUAAAUGUUAUAGAAUGUUAUAUUUAAAAAUGUUUAGAAGAUCAAUCUAGAUCUAGCCCUGGUGUCUUCCCACAUCAAACCUGAGUUUGACUUUAUAUUCUUUUCUGAGAGUUUUUUCCUCCCCACCUCAGCCUUUACUUUUAGAUGUGAUUAUAUUGUCAUUGAUGUUCUAGCUGCCAACAUCCAUAUCAUUAUUGAUGGUACCAGUCUACUUGUAUCUGACUUGCUUAAUUUCCUCUUCCUUUGUUUUAGAAAAGGAAUCGUGGGAUUGUGAUGGUGACAUUCCCAACCAAAUUCUUGGCCUGUGGUAGCCAAGCAGUGAGCAUUUCAACUGUUGCAGGUUAGCAGAAGCAGCUUUCUAUAUAUCGCUCUAUUAGUAAUAUCACACUACUUUCCAGAACUAGAGUGGAAUAUAGCACAAGUUUAGCCCUCAUUUCCGUGUUAUUUGCAAAUGGAAUAUUUCUGGAAGCAAACAACACAGAAAUGAGCACUAAGCUUGUAUCACAGUCCAGUAUAGUUCCAGAAGUGGCUUUUACAUUCUGUGAAAGCUCAAACAGAAUACUGAACUUCACAAAGACUGCAGGUGUGCUUAUUCAAGGUAGAUAUCCAUCCUAAGGAACAACUAGACCUUACUUAAUGGUGUGAUUAGGAGCUAUAAAAGGGUACCUUUUUAGGUGCAUGAAGAAAAUAACCCUCAUGCACCUAAAAAGGUACCCUUUUAUAGCUCCUAAUCACACCAUUAAGUAAGGUCUAGCUGUUCCUUAGGAUCCUUAGGUUCCUUAGGAUGGAUAUCUGGGCUGCAGAACAGACAAAAGGGAAGUUGAACUUUUUCCUCCACAGCUACAGCUACAAUUGCAAUGAAAUACCACCACCACUAGAAAAAGUGUGGUGAUUUUCAUCAAUAUUAUGGCUGGUUAGGGGAAGCUAAACUCUUUGUGGUUUUAAUGAAAGCCCUCUUUCACUGAGUAUGUUGGAGCGUAGUAGAGAGUGGGGUGGACUGGAGGUUCCUGGAAGAGAGCAUAGCUGGACAGCACUCCAUGCUGCAACCUUUUGUUGCAGCUCCCACUUGUAAUCCUUCUAGCACUCACAUAACUACUACUCCAAGCACAUAGCGUUUUCUUUUUCAGCACGGUUCAAAUGGUUUGCCCUUUGUAUAUGUAAUUGGAGGUAAUAUUGAACCCAGGUCUUAUUAUCCCAAGGUCAGUGACCAGGGAAAUAAAUAAAUAUCAGGUCAGUUGCCUUGAAAAUUUUUAUUUCCAGCUCUGAGCUUGCAUUACUGUAGCAGCUGCCUUCCUUCAGCCUGUUCUGACCUCUCUGUUCCCCAGAGGUCAAGCCUCUAUGAAAAAUUAUCCUAAUGAAUAAUGUUACUAAGAAAAUAACCUAAAAUCUGUACAAAUGUUUUUAUUCAUUUAAUCAGUUAUGGCAUUUCUACAACUAAGAACAAAAUGUUCUAGUGUGUAGUUUUGAGGUAAACAUUCAAAUUGCAAAACAUCAAGUAGAUCUGAUAUAUUUUAUGUUACCUUUUGGUUAGCUGUCUGUAAGAUGUCCCUUGACAGCAGAGAAUCCCACACAGUCCCACACCUGCCUCACUCAGUUUUCUCAUCAUUCUCUGGUAAAGCAGGACCAGUGAUGGGUGUGGCCUGGAAAAAGCUCUAAGGGCCAGACAGAGAGGCCUCACUUUCAAGACUUACCAAGCUGAUCUUGGUCUUUAAAAUGCAAAGGGUGGAAAAAACCCCAUGGAGAAUCAUGUAAUGUGUAGUUUGAACCUCAGGGUGGAUUGCACAUACUUCAGUGGCCCAACUUGCAACUGAAUUUGCCCACAGCUGGACAUGUUGUGUUUCUAUCAGACAUCAUAAAUGGCUGUACAUUUCCCCCCUGACAUGUACUUCUGCUCUGACAACUAUUGUCAUUGUUGUCUCCUUUAAAUGAUCUAGAUCACUUUGACCACAUAAAGGAAAUUGCAGGUUCACAUUCAAUAGGAAUUGGCGGUGACUAUGAUGGAUUAGUUCGGUUAGUAACCUUUUUUCAUUGUCGUGCAAGACAGUUAUAUAUUCAGCACUACAGUGGGAUGCUGUUUUAAAUGGCAUCCUUGGAAUUCCCCCACAGUGUAGAAUCACCCCAUGUCCUCUUGACAUCAUUGUGUCUUGUGUUUCUCCACCUCCACCGUUGGUAGCCAAUGGUGAGGACCAGGGGUCACCAUCAAUAUUGAUUAAAUUUAUAAACCACCCUUCAUCCAAAGAUCACAGGGUGGUUUACAGCAUAAGAAUGGUACCCUUGAGAUGUUCCUCCAAGUGCACUGCAGCCACCCCCAGUCUUCGGGUGGUCAGGUUAGUUACCUUUUCAUCCCUUGAAAAGUACAUUGAGCUGAUGGAGGAGGUUGGAAGAAUGACACUCUUCCCCACUUCCUGUUUCAGCUCUAUGCUCUCAGCUUACUUCUACUGGAUCCAACUUUUACCCAGAUGUAUUGGGAAAGCAGGGUGUUUGUGUGUGAGCAUGUUUGUGUGUGAGCAUGUACACCUUCUUUUUGUCACUCUAUGGGUGGAUGAUCUAGGAGCAGGAGAAGUACACAGAGGUGAUAGUGCCUGUGAGUCAGUCAAAAAUCUGCAUGUUCCCACAUGUGUAAAAUAGUUGGCAACCCUUUGGGUGAGGCAAUGCAAGACAGGUUGAAUCAGACCACCAACUAAGUGUUCAGGGCCAGCCCGACCUGAUAUCCUCUAAUCUGCUAUCCUCAGGAAUGUUAUAGGAUAUUGUCCUGUCACCAAAGAUUAAAGAGCUGUAGCUCACUGGUAGAGCAUCUGCUUUGCAUGCAGAAUGUCUCAGUUUCAAUCCUCAGCAUCUCCAGGUAUUGCAGGCAAUGUUCUCUGCCCAGAGAGCUGCUGCCAGUCAGUGUAGAUGGACCAAGCUAGAUUGACCACGGUCUGACUCUGUAGAAGGUAGCUUUCUAGUUUCCUAAAUUCUAACUGCUUGUCCAACCUCUGUACAUUAUGGAAUACAUGUAUUGCAUGUAACAUCUGCUUCAACUUCCAGAGUGUAAGGACUUUAUGUAGAACAAAAAACCUAUGAAAAUGGUUGCAUCCAGCUCAGGAGGGGCAUUCCAAACUUGACUGUGAUUAAAUCCCUGAAAACAGUUUAGACAUCCCACAGUUUUCAUAGCCUUCUCAUUCUGUGAAAGGAAUUACAUCACACAGUGCAAGUGGAGGAAAUGAUUGGAUGUCAGCAAGGCUUCCUCAGUCGGAUUCUUGAAUCUGAUUUAGCACAAAAAGGAUGUAUAUCCCCUCAGGAAUUAGCUGCACAGUUAACUGAACUCGGGAACUUCUUAAGUUCCCUCUCUAGGGGGGAAAAUGCCAUCCAAUAUACAUUUUGUUUGUUCCAUACCUCAGUGUGAGCUUUCUUUGCUAACAGAUUCCCUGAAGGACUAGAAGAUGUCUCUAAAUAUCCAGCCUUGAUCGAGGAGCUGUUGAGGAGAGGCUGGAGUGAAGAAGAACUGAGGGGUGUUUUGAGAGAGAACUUCCUUCGUGUUUUCCAGGAGGUGGAAAAAGUACUGCUAAUAUUUGUUUUCCCCUUUUAACUGGCAUUACAUUUCCCCAAGGGAGGGAAAGAGAUCCUCUAGGUCCGAGAGAAGGAACCUGGGCCUUCUAGUUGUUCCCUGAUCUAAGGGUUGAGGUUACCCAGCAAAUUUGAAAUGUGAGAAUAAAAACAGAAACAUUUCAUUGCUGGAUCAAAUUUAAGACUGUUUUAGGUCAGUACUCAGCCUCCAAUAAACAGCUAGUCAGGUGUCCCGGGGGGGGGGGGGGAGCAGACCAGCCUAAAAAUGGGCAUCACUUAGCGUGGGAGGAAAAUAUAACCCCUGUGACACACAUGUGUGGGGUAAAUAAUAAAAAAGUAUCAGCUGGGUGCCUGGAUUCACAACUUGUUACUUGGGGCUAAAUUCACUCUCCAGCAGGAAAGUAGCAGAGUUUAAACUCUCCACCCCCCUCCAUUUUCUUUCUCCCCCAUCCCACAAUGAUUAGACAGCAGUCUGGAUCCACUAAGCAUGUUCAGCUCUGUUUGUUUGUUUUUUGUUUGUGUCUCUACAUAUUAGAGGGGUUUUUGUUUUGAAAUUGUAAUUCUGUAAACCUUGGAGUGCCCCCCAUGUCUGAUGAUACUUUUCUCCUGGGUGUGGUGGUGUUUGUUUUCCCAGAUAAGGACCAGAAUUUAGAGCAUGAGUUCACUAUUUGUAUGUAGCAGCCUUCCCCAACCAGGUGCCCUCCAAUAGUUGCUCUGUCCCAGCUCCUGUCAACCUAGCAGUUCGAAAGCACACCAGUGCAAGUAGAUAAAUAGGUACUGCUGUGGCAGGAAGGUAAACAGUGCUUCUGUGUGCUCUGGCUUCUGUCACAGUGUUCUGUUGCACCAGAAGCGGUUUAAUCAUGCUGGCCACAUGACUGUCUGUGGGCAAAUGCCGGCUCCCUCGACCUGAAGCAAGAUGAGUGCCGUACCCCAUAGUCACCUUUGACUGGACUUAAGCGUCCAGGGGUCCUUUACCUUUACAAGUCUUGAAUAGCAACUUUGAUCAGCCUCAGCUAGCAUCGCCAGGCUGCUAUAUAAGGGUGCUUUGUUCACAGAAGGUCCCAGCUACUGGCAUCACCAGACUUCCCAAGACCCUGGUAAACCACUGCCAACCCAAGAAAACAUCAUUAGACAGUUUAUGCACAGUCUAAACCAGGACUGGGGAAACUUUGGCCUGCCAGAUGUGGCUAAACUACUGGUCUCAUCAUCCCUGGCCACAGUCCAGCAACAUCUGGAGGACCACAUGUUCCCCACUCCUGGCCUGAAUUGUCUCCAACUAAGUUGUACUAAAAGUACACCCAUUGAAAUUGAUGGGCUUAAAUGAGUCAUGCCCAUUAAAUUCAACAGCCCUACUCCAGAUGCCGUCUGCAUAUCAGAUGGGUCAACAGAAUAAGGCAGCUUCAUAUGUUUAUAGUUGAUGCAAAGGUCUCACUUUCUGAUUUAUCAUUGUGUUUGAAUACUUCUAGGUGCGUGAUGAGAACGUGUCAGAGGGCGUGAGUGAAGUGGAAAUUCCUCCUGAAAAAGUCGAUCAUUCCUGUCACACAGAACUAAAGCCCCCAUCUAAGCUGGUGACCAAUUCCCAUGGACUGCACUGGGGAGGGCAGAAGCUGUACAGCCUCAUUCUCUCAAUUGCGGUGUAUGCAAUGCUAAAUUGA